AUGUCUCGUGCCGCCGAUAUUAUUGCCAAGUUGGCUGUUCCUUUAGGUGCAUGUGUCGUUGCUGCGCAAUAUUCGCUUUAUGACGUCAAAGGUGGCGAGAGAGCGGUGAUCUUUGAUAGAUUCCAAGGUGUGAAGCCUGACGUCGUUGGUGAAGGUCUAAAUUUUGUGAUUCCUUGGCUACAAAGACCAAUUAUUUAUGAUGUACGGACUAGACCAAGAACUAUAAAUACAGUUACCGGUUCCAAGGACCUACAGCAGGUUUCGUUGACUUUGAGAGUUCUACAUCGACCAGAUGUGCGUAAAUUGCCUGCGAUAUAUCAGAACUUGGGUAUGGACUACGACGAAAGAGUUUUACCAUCCAUUGGUAAUGAGAUCUUGAAGACUGUGGUUGCUCAAUUCGAUGCUGCCGAACUGAUCACGAUGAGAGAAACAGUCUCCAAGAGAAUUUGGAAAGAAUUGGAAGCUCGUGCUUCUGAAUUCAACAUCAAGUUGGAGGAUGUUUCUAUCACUCACAUGGCUUUUGGUAGGGAGUUUACUAAGGCUGUUGAAAGAAAGCAGAUUGCUCAGCAAGAUGCUGAGAGAGCCAAGUUUCUUGUCGAUAAGGCUGAGCAAGAAAGAAAGGCUUCUGUUAUUAGAGCCGAAGGUGAAGCUGAAGCUGCAGAGCACAUCUCUAAGGCUUUGAAAGAGAAUGGAGAUGGCCUUCUUUUGAUUAGAAGAAUGGAGGCCUCCAAGCAGAUUGCCACUACCUUGAGUCAUUCUCCUAACGUCGUCUACUUGCCAGGCGGUUCUGGAAAGAAUGGUGAAGGUCGAAACCAGGCCUUGCUACUUAACUUGGGACGCCAGUGA